GGGCUGCAGAUUCGUUAGUUUCCGGCCAAGAUGGCGGCGCCCGCUUUGCUGUGGAGGAGGCUGAGGGGACCCGGGCUUCUGGCGCUGCUGGCCCGGCUGUGUGAUCGAAACCGUGACCGGAGGGGCAGGAAUCCCUUGUUUCUUCUGGCUCCGCUUGUGGCUCCUGUGGUUCCCCCAGCCGCCACCCAGCGCCCUCCUAAUGUCGGCUGCGUCUGCCCUCGUAGCGCACACAGGUUCCAAUGGGUCGGGAGCCUGGUACCGGAAUUCGGCAUCUCCAGCUCAAGUGUGAAGAUACUUUCCACUCCAACAGAGUUCUACCAGGUCAUGAAAUCCCAGGUGAAGGCUGCUAAGAAGCGGAUAACUAUGGCGUCGCUGUACCUCGGGACCGGCCCGCUGGAGCAAGAGCUGGUGGACUGCAUAGAAGACGCGCUGUACAAUACAGAGCCGGAAGGCCUGCAAGUGUCUAUACUGCUGGACUACACCCGAGGAUCGCGGGGUAAGAAGAAUUCCCGCAGCAUGCUGCUUCCCCUGCUGCGCAAAUACCCGGAGCGAGUGCGCGUGUCCCUCUUCCAUACACCCAACCUGCGCGGCCUCCUGCGAGCACUGACGCCAGAGAGGUUCAAUGAGACCAUCGGACUGCAGCACAUAAAGGUCUAUCUGUUCGAUGACAACGUCAUCCUUAGUGGAGCGAACCUCAGCGACUCGUACUUCACCAACCGCCAGGACCGGUACAUCCUGCUGCAGGGCUGCACUCAGCUGGCCGACUUCUUCAGUGAGCUGGUGGAGGCGGUGGGAGAUGCGUCUCUGCAACUGCAGCCGGAUGAUUCCAUGGAGGUGGAGGAAGGCAUGGAGCACCCCUAUGAAGGGAACAAGAAGAAGUAUUGUGACGCUGCCAAGGAGAGAGUAAUGGACGUGAUAGAGACGGCCAGGCGCAAGCAAUGCGAGCUGCACAGCGCCAGCUUUCAGAGCGGACAGCCCGCCUUGGGGACGGAACCUCCAGACACUUGGGUCUACCCGCUGGUGCAAAUGAGGCCCUUUGGUAUCCAGAUAGACGAGCUGGUUACAGAAACGUUACUGACGGAGGCCGAGCGAGGAGACCGGCUGCAUCUGACCACCGGCUAUUUUAACCUGACUCAGGGGUACAUGGACCUAGUACUGGGCACCCGGGCCGACUACAACAUCCUGCUCGCCUCUCCGGAGGUCAAUGGCUUUUAUGGGGCUCGGGGUAUCGCAGGUGCCAUACCAUCCGCCUACGUGCACAUAGAACAUCAGUUUUACAACGAAGUCUGCCGAAAGAGACAGAACCAUCGGGUCCAGCUGCGGGAGUACUUUCGAGACCAGUGGACAUUUCAUGCUAAAGGUCUGUGGCUGUACCCGGCAGGGAAAAGCACGCCCUGCCUCACUCUCAUUGGCUCUCCGAAUUUCGGGUACAGGUCGGUCCACCGGGACCUCGGGCGCCAGCUGUGCUAAGUGACUGAAAUCCAAAUCUCUCAUAUGUUUCAGGAGCAAGAAAAUCUCUACGAGCGAUCAAGCGAAGUGACUCCUUCUACGUUCCAGCACCCGAGCCGCUAUGUCAAGCUUUGGGUCAAAUUGGUGACUCCUCUAAUAAAGAAUUUCUUCUGACGCUCUGAUAAGACGCUACUGGAUGCAAGAGCG